CCUGGCUCCUCCCUCUCUUUGAUGGUUAUAACAGCGGCGAAUGCCUGCGCGCACUCACUGCUCCAGCAGUUCCAUUGUGCCCGUUCGUCGAGUUGCUUCUGCUGGUGCCCAGCCAGACAAACGGAACUAGGAGAGGCUGAAGGAAUUGCUGGAGCUUCCUUUAGAGAGUAGAUAUUUCUGCUCCAAUGGACAAAGGUCUUCACUUCACGUUCCAUGUGAUUACAACGGUGCUGCUCCUGAGAGUAUCGAGCCAGGCAGGCACUACAAGGAAUGAUGAUGCUGUGGUUAAGGGCAGUGACUUAAGGGGAGCAGGAGAGGGUCUUCCGACUUUGACUGUCACAACGAUCCUGGAGGAUCCCUAUGUGAUGGUGAGAAGUGCAGAACUGGAGGGAUACUGCAUCGAUCUGCUGAAGGCGCUUGCGUCAAUGCUCCACUUCAGCUACAGGGUGAAGGUGGUGGGAGAUGGGCAGUACGGGGCCGUCUCUGCCACUGGGAACUGGACGGGGAUGAUCGGCGAGAUUUUGAGACGGGAAGCAGACAUUGCAGUGGCUCCGUUGACAGUCACGUCAGCAAGAGAAGAGGUGGUCUCCUUCACCACACCGUUCCUGCAGACUGGGAUUGGAAUCUUGCUUCGGAAAGACACCGUCUCUCAGGAUAUGUCUUUCUUCCACUUCCUGGCUCCUUUCAGUAAGGAGACCUGGACAGGCCUUUUAUUUGCUUAUGUGCUGACGUGCUUCUGCCUCUUUCUUGUUGCCAGACUGAGCCCCUGUGAAUGGAAUGAGCCAAAGAACGAAGAGAACCACUUCACCUUCUUAAAUAGCCUCUGGUUUGGAGCAGGAGCCCUUGCCCUGCAAGGUGUGACCCCGCGGCCCAAAGCGCUGUCUGUGCGGGUCAUCGCUGCCGUCUGGUGGCUGUUCACCAUCGCCCUGCUGGCCGCCUACAUCGCCAACUUCACCGCUCUGCUGAGCUCCGGCAGCGAGCAGCUCCCCAUCCAGACUUUUGAAGAUCUUGUGAAGCAAAGAAAGCUCGAGUUUGGGACACUGGAGGGCUCCUCUACUUUCUACUUCUUCAAGAACUCCAAGAACCCCAUCCACCAGAUGAUCUAUGAAUACAUGGACAAGAGACGAGACCACGUUUUAGUCAAAACCUACCAGGAAGCAGUUCAGCGGGUGAUGGAGUCGAACUACGCCUUCAUCGGGGAAUCCAUCUCUCAAGACCUGGCAGCUGCCAGGCACUGCGACCUGAUCCGGGCCCCUGAAGUCAUUGGAGCCAGAGGAUUUGGCAUUGCCACUACCCAGGCAUCCCCCUGGACCAAGAAGCUCUCCAUCGCCGUCCUCAAGCUGCGCGAAUCGGGAGAUCUCGACUACCUGCGGCACAAGUGGUGGGAGAGCAGCUGCCUCCACAAGAGCAGGGAGCGCUGGAGCCCGCUGCAGCCCCAGGCCCUGGGGGGGCUCUUCCUUACCCUGGCCAUUGGCCUCGCGCUGGGGGUGAUCGCGGCCGUGGUGGAGCUCUCCAACAAGAGCAGACACGCUGCUGGACACGCCAAGAAAUCUUGUUGCUCCGUUUUCACAGAAGAGAUGUGCACUCGCCUACGCAUUAAAGAAAACACCAGACAAAGCCAGGAGACUUCGGGGAGAGCUAAUGCUUAAGAAUUUUUUGCUGGAGGAACGGGCGUGUAUUAGGUUCAUACCAUAUAUAUUUCAUAGGAACUACAUCACUGUAGAAAGAUGUUUUUCUGCAAGUCUAGAGUGUUAGUUUUCUACUUACAAACACAGAGAGAGAGAGAGCACGUCUGGAUUGGAGCUGGACACCGAAGAAAAUUUAAGUGUCUUGGAAGAAUUUAAAUUGAUGAGGGUCAGAGUGUGUGAAAAAGAAGGGAGGUAACAACGAGGUACAGUAAAGGUGAGAUGGCCUGAGGUGGUGGAUCCAGAUGUAGUUUAGAAGUUCACUGUGUAAGUACAUGAACGGCUGUAGGAGUAAGUGACUUGGGCUAGGUUAAUGUGAAGCCUCUGGUUACUAAUUACAGUAUGAGGCACACUCUUGAAAAUUAAAGCUCUCCUCUGACUGUUCUAAUCAAGAACAACUGCUUCUUAAACAUUUUAGUUAUAAAUAGACUGUGCUCUUCCCCUCUUCUAAGCAGAAGAUGCUGUGAAAGUUACUGUGAAAGUCAUUUCUGAAUCAGAAACAACAAAACUGUUGCAUAAACCCCCAAAAUGCAGGAUUUAACUGUGUUCUCUGCAGAAAGUGAGACCGGGCAAGUAAGGAACUACCAGACUUGGGCAAUGCAAGUCACAGCCUUGUCUUUUGCCAGUGUCCCAUCACAGAUCACUUUCACUCUUUAGCUGCAGAGGGUGUUUUCUCCUCCUGAACCUGCUCAAGCAGUACUCGGGCAGAAGCCUGAGAGCUGAAAUCCAGCAGCACCAGAGCAGCAACUUUGGUAUCCUCAAUUAAAACAAAGGCAGGUUGAGCAGGGAGGGUGAGGCAGCAAGUGACGGGCACGUCCUGCUGCUCUCUGGCUCCAAGAGAAGAAUCUCUGAAAUUCAUGGGGAACACUUCUCUCAGCUGCAUAUUAAACAGUUUCCUAAUUAAGCUGUUUUUCAUUUCAGAGCUGGAAUGACUGAUGCAUGCACAUGUUGGUUUGCAAAUUCAUGGUUAAAUGACUCCAUUUAUGUACUGCACAGCUGAUGGAGGGCAAAAAAGUGCAAAUUCAGUUACUUGGAAAGGGCUUUAACUGCACUGCGUGAACUAAGAGACUAAUUUUUAGCAGUCCCAGCAUUAAAUAACUGAAAGCAACAGAAACUAAGGUGCCUCUGACAGAAAUAGAGCUGGGUGUUCUUGAAUAGAGCACUACACCUUCACUUUAGGGGUAACGUGGUCAAGACUCAGCCUGCAGCUACUGCCAGGUAAUUUAGUGUAACUGCAGAAUUCCCCUCCCACCCCAGUGUUAACAAGACAAGAGAGAAAGCAAUGAGUUAAGAGUUAUUCCAGCUGUUGUUGGGUGCUCAGAUCAGGAGGGUGCUGGUACAGCUGGGAGGUCAGAAGGUGGAUUCAAUCAAAUUAACUGCUCAAGAGCAUGAAAGGCUGUAGGUAAGUCUAAAAGCUGACCUGGGAAAUGCAACAUCAGGCUCAGGCAGCACAUUAAACACUGUUUGGGGUGUGCCGUGUCAGCGGUGGCAGAGUAGGCAGAGAUGUAUAAAAAAAAGGUUUCAUUGACAUUUAAAUAUAUUUCUAUAUGAAUGUCUCACAGAACAAAAAAAUAAAGUCUUUUCAUCACAAAUACUGCAGCAUUAAAAUAAACACUUACCAAAAUAAA